CCGCGUCCCCCGCUCCUCCCGCGCGCGGCCCCCGGAGUCCCCAGGCGCGCGGCCAGCCCCUCUCGGGCCGCCGCUCUCGGAGCAGCCGGGCUGCCGGGCGAGCGCGAGCCGGGGCCGGGCCGGGGGCCGCGGCGGGGCCGCCGCCCCCAGCGUCCUUCUGCCGCCCCCGGAGCGAGGAGCGGCCGCCGAGCCGGGGCUGAGCGGGGCCGGAACCAUGAACCGGAGUUUCCACAAGUCUCAGACCCUGCGCUUCUACGACUGCGGCGCGGUGGAAGUCAAGAGCAAGUUUGGGGCCGAAUUCCGAAGGUUCUCCUUGGACCGCCAUAAACCUGGGAAGUUUGAAGAUUUCUACAAGCUGGUUGUGCACACUCACCACAUCUCCAACACUGACGUAACCAUUGGCUACGCAGAUGUGCACGGCGACCUGCUACCCAUCAACAAUGAUGACAACUUCUGCAAGGCUGUCUCAAGUGCAAACCCCCUGCUCAGGGUCUUCAUCCAGAAACGAGAGGAGGCCGAGAGCGGCGGCGGCGUCGUGGGCGGCGGCGGCGGCUUCGCGCCCGGCUCGCUGUCGCGGCGGCGGCGCGCGCUGGCCCUGCGCGAGGACGCGCCGCGCCGGCACCUGCACAUCGGGCUGCCGCGCGACUUCCGGCCCGUGUCGUCCAUCAUCGACGUGGACCUCGUGCCCGAGACGCACCGGCGCGUGCGGCUCUACCGGCACGGCUGCCAGCGGCCGCUGGGCUUCUACAUCCGCGACGGCACGAGCGUGCGCGUGGCGCCGCAGGGGCUGGAGAAGGUGCCGGGCAUCUUCAUCUCGCGCAUGGUGCCCGGCGGGCUGGCCGAGAGCACCGGGCUGCUGGCCGUGGACGACGAGGUGCUGGAGGUGAACGGCAUCGAGGUGGCCGGGAAGACGCUGGACCAGGUCACGGACAUGAUGAUCGCCAACAGCCACAACCUCAUCGUCACCGUCAAGCCGGCCAACCAGCGCAACAACGUGGUGCGCGCGCGCGCCUCGGGCAGCUCGGGCCGCUCCUCGGACAGCGCCGCCAGCCGCCUGAGCCUGCCCGCGCCGCCCACCGCGCCGCCCGACGACCUGGAGAGCGACGACGAGCCCGACGUGGUGCUGGAGGGCGCGCUGGAGCCGCGGCCCGGCUCGGCGCUCAACGGCCUGGGCCUGGGCCUGGGCCGCGACGUCAGCGUGCAGCGGCUGCUCAGCUCCCUGCGCGCCGACCCGCGCCACAGCCUGGCGCUGCCGCCGCCGGGGGGCGUGGAGGAGCACGGCCCGGCCGUCACGCUCUAG